AUGAAGAUGAAAUAUGCAGCAAAGGUCCGCGAGCGAGACGUCGUCGCCGUACGAGAAGCGACCCGCGUACGGCGCGCUGACGGCCUCGUAGGCGCGCAGGCCCUCGGCCAUGAGGGACUUGUUCCAGUCCUCGGCGCUGCCGCCCAGCUCACGGACGCGGCGCAUGAUGCGCAGGUUGGUCACGGGCUGUGUGUCGGCGGCUAUGAUGUUGGCGAGGGCGCGGACGAUGGCGCGGGCCCUGAUGUCGCUGGGGAGGAGGCGGGUGGUGUCUGGGUACUCGAGGGCGGCGAGGGACUGGCCGAUGCGGAAGGGCACGCCUUCGUGUUGGUCUGGGCCGCCGCUGGACUUGGGGACUAG